UGGACAUCACAGGGUUGCACAUAUCCCCACCCUGGAGGGAGCAAGGCUGGCCCAGAGCAUGACACUGCAGAUCCCCAGGAGGGCUUGGGCUUGGCUGGGUCAGGGGGUCUCACACGGGUCUGGAUCUCAUGUGGCUUCUGUUCCUUCCCCACAGGGGAGAGCCUGAGCCCAAGCUGUGGGGCAGCCAAGAGGAAGAAGAAGCAGAGGAGGAACCGCACGACCUUCAACAGCAGCCAGCUGCAGGCUCUGGAGAGGGUCUUUGAGAGGACGCACUACCCCGACGCCUUCGUGAGGGAGGAGCUGGCCAGAAGGGUCAACCUCAGCGAGGCCAGAGUCCAGGUGUGGUUUCAGAACCGGAGGGCCAAAUUCCGCCGUAACGAGAGGGCGAUGCUGGCCAACAGAUCAGCAUCCCUGCUCAAAUCCUACAGCCAGGAGGCAGCCAUCGAGCAGCCCAUGGCACCACGACCCACUGCACUGACCCCCGAGUAUCUCUCGUGGACCAGCACCUCCCCGUACAGCACUGUGCCCUCCUACAGCUCCAGCGGGACCGCAACACCCGCCCAGGGGGUGAACAUGGCCAACAGCAUCGCCAGCCUGCGCCUCAAGGCCAAGGAGUUCAGCCUCCACCAGAACCAGGUGCCCACCGUGAACUGAGCAGGGCAAAGCCCAUCCCGUGGCCUCCUCCAGGACACAGCGUGGAGCUCCCAUGCCAGGCCCAGGACAAAUCCUGCCCAACACACGUGCCACUCAUCCAAUGUCUCAGCAUCUUCUCUCCUCUUCCCUUCCCUUCUGAAGGUAGAGUCAGUCCCAGGCCGAAGUGGCACAUAAUUAUAGCCACAUAUGGAGCGAACUUGGUUAGAAACUUGCUUUUCCGCACACCCUUAUAAUAACGGCUAUAUAUACACACAUACCCCCCACACGCUCUUCGAGGACAAACAGACUUGCCAAGGGAACAAGAAUUUGCUUCCAAACAUGGAAGGAUCUUGGACUAUUGGAUUUGACCAAUUUGGGUAUCUUGCCCAGAGAGCCAAAGAGUUAUUGGGUCUUCUCCUCCCGCAGGGACACCGUGGGAGGAUCACGGGCCCCCCUUUCCACCAGGCUGUGACUUGUGGCGCUCAACUGUGUGUGCCAAAGCUGAUCCAUGCGUUCAUUUCUUUGUGCAACCCCGGCCACAGUGUGGGGUUUGGGACUUCCCAAAGUCUGGGGCUUUGUGAAGCUGAUGGCUCGCCCAUGCCAUGGCCAGUCUCGGCCAGCCCUCUGCACUGUGCUUCCUGCAUUUAUGAGCUGCCUAUGCUGGUGGAAUCGGGCUCUGUCCCUUCCUAGAGGGGCAAGCAGAGCUGCAGCACCUCAACAGACCCUCCUGGAGCCUGUGAGCUCUCCCAUGAGCUGGGGAUGCAUCGCCAAUCCCCAAGCAGGCACCGCUGCCCUGCCUCGGUGGAUUUGCCAGCGAUUCUGUGGAGCCCCAGGUCAUUGAACAGUCCCAGGGAAAGAGAAAAUUGGAAAAAGCUGUUGGGUUUCAGCUGAGUAGGCGGCUCCCAGCGCUUCGUGCCAACGAAGGCUUCGCCUUCCGGAGGCACAGCCUCCCCGUCGGCAGCUCCGCAGAUGUGCUCAGGGCUCCGGGGCCGGCGGCUCCAUGGGGGGAGCCUUUCUUGGUUUUGCAGAAAGGAAAUGGUUUCCCCCCUCAUCCCACCCCGCUGUGCAGCCUAAUGAGGUUCCAAGGUGGGGCGUGCAAAAGAUGGACGCGGGGUGGGCAGCCUGGCCCUGAGCCAUGGGGCUGAGCUGUGGAGAUGCAGCCUCCACCUUCCCCGCUCCACAGCUGGGGUGCUGGAGGUGUGGGGUGUCCCUGUGGACAAAGCCCACUGGAAACCACAGCACCCUUUCCUCACCCACUGGAAAGAGCCACCAGCCAAGCAUGGGGACACCACCAGCUCAGAGGGGUGGCCUGGGCGGAGAAGACACAGCCCUGCUUCCCUAGAAGGGGUUGGUUUGGGGGCUGCAGCAAUGGAUCUGAGGACAAAUAGAGCAGUUGCUGAGGUGCCUCCUGCAGGUAAACAUCCUCUGGUUGGUGACACUGAGGCUGAAAGUGCCACACUACAGCGUGCCCACCUGAGUCCCCGGAAUGGAGCAUCCUCUCCCAUUCCCACCGGGGUGUCACUGCAGCUGCAUGUGGGACCCAUGGCUGUGACACCGGGGCCAUCAGCUGCACCCCAGGCAAUGCCACCAUGGGGGGACUCACCUGAUGGGAGAGCCAUCUCCUGUGCCUGGGGGUGAACCAGCCCCUCUGUCCAUCCUGCCUCCAGCCCUGCCUUCUCUGCUUCACAGCUGGGAACAGCUUCGUUCUCCUCCUCAAGCCUGGCCGGCAGGGACAGGGCACAGCCUGCCUGACCCUGCCCACCUCCUCCAGUGCCACCCUAAACACCCACCCUCUCCCCCCAUCUGCAUUUCCAGGGCUGGUGUCCCUCCCAUGUGCCAUGCCAGCUCCCCACACUGCACAGGGACCUGCCAAGCCAGGGGGAAGAGGGAUCCAUUGUGGAUGAAACCAUCCACCCUGAGAAACACCACUGGGCCAGGAGGAGGGGGCCAGGGGGGUCCCAUUCCCAUGGAAAGCACAGGGCUCUUUUUUCACUUAUACAAGAUGAAACCACAGGGAUAUAAAUGUCGCUGCCUCUUUGAGAACAUUAAUGAAAAUAAACCCAUUUAAUAGUUUGCAGAUGCUGUUUCUGUAAACCUAAAAAAAGCAGGGAAUAAAUAUUUCUUCACUAAAUAUCUAUAUGUAUAUAUAUAUUUGAAAACAUUUGCUCCUAAUCUUAGGGCCCCUCCUUUGCUGUGCUUUUGGCAGCUUAUCACAGCUUGUCAGUCAAUGCUGAACUCACCAAGAAGAGAUACAAAUUGCACCCAUGGAGGGGUAGCAGGACCGAGGGAUUAUUGUAAUCUAAGCUCUCUCUCGCCCUUUCUAUUUGUACAUUUCAAUUACUUGUAACAAGAUCCAUGGUGGAUUUGGUUUUUUUUUUUUUUCUUCUGCAUGUCUGUGUUUUGGAAAUUUUUGUAAGGUUUUUGUAAAAACAACUCUUGUGAAAUAAUGGAGGAAUAAAUAUUUUACUGAGUAGAGACGUGUCAGUGCAUGUAAUAGGGACCUGAGUCUUCCAUCACCAGCCUCUGUGGUUUCCCCACCUGGCCUGGACAAGCAGCCUGGGCAGAAAUUGAAUUAAGAGGCAGCAAGGAGGGUCAGAUUCUGCACAGAAAUUGAGCUGAAAGAAACCAAAGGGUAGAAAUAAACCAUUGGAUUGUAGAGCACUUUCCAGGGAGCAAAGGCCCACAGGUGCAGAGCACCCAAAACAAGAGGAAUCAAUGGUCAGGCAAAGGUGAUACCAAACAGUUGAGACAAAGUUAAAUAGGGCUACAGAAGCUCACAGUGCUGAGCUAUCAAGGAGAAGAUUUAAGAGAUUUAAUGCAAUGUGGAGAGGUGUGAAGAUGUGCCCAGGGAAACUGCCCAGCACAUGCUCAGACUGAAAGGCAGCGAGUCAAGUGGCAGGAAUUGCUAGGAGAGGAUCAGAGAGCAAGGCAGAAAGUGUUCACAUUGCACAAAUAAAGCCUGAAAUCCAUUGCCCCAAGAUACUGUGGACAUCAAUGCUAUGGUGAGUUCAGAGAGGGAGAGAAAAUCAAUGGUGAGUGUGUGUUGGUGCAACAUGGCAGGGACUCAACUGCCUGUGCAGAAAUCUGCUGCCCUGCUGACUUCAGGAGCUGGGAGGAGAAGGGACACCUGGGUUCCCCUUGUUUCCUUUAUUUGCCUUCAUCACAGCAGCCUCCAUGCAGGCCAGCUCUCAUGGUGUCACUUUCAGGAUGUCUCUGUCACCUCUUCCUCUUCCUCAGGCCAUCCCCAAUCCCCCCGCACAGCCAGGGGACCACAACUGUAAUCCCCUGAACCCAGAGAGGCUCAGAUCCAUGAGAGCCACAGGCUCAGCUCCAUGAGAGCCACAGGAUCAGCUCCAUGACAGCCACAGGCUCAGCUCCAUGAGAGCCACAGGAUCAACUCCCUGCCAGCAAAACCCUUUGUCCCUCCCAUCACCAGUGGCCAUUGGGACACGUGGAUCCAAGGCUGAGGAAGGAAGGACCCCUAAACAAUUCCAGCUUUCCCUAGAGGGGAACAAAGCUCAUCCCACAUCAUCAAGUCCCCACACUGGGCAUCACCCCAAGCCCACCAUGGUCCCACACUUGACCAUCCCUGCCAAACUGCUCUGCUGCUGCUUUGUAACCACUUAUUUAUCCAUUCAGCAAGUGGCUUGCAGGCCAUUAAGGCCAAUUGUCCAAGCUCCUGCAUAAAGAACAUCACCCAAGCAGCAUCCUCAUGUCCUCAGCACGUGGCCAGUGCAGAGCACCCCUUUGGAAAUCAUCCGGCCCUGAGUCAAGAGACCCUUGGAAGUGAUGAACUUACAGAUCCCAGGGCAGAUUCCUCCAGUGACUCAUCACUGUUGACUGCUGGAAAUAUGUCACUUAUUUCCUGCCUGAACUGUCCCAGCCUCAGUUCAUCUGCCACUGGAGCAGAAGGUCUCAAGCCAUGGUCAGCCAGCUCCCAGGAGCUGAUGGGCAUCUGAGGGGCCUCAAAACAGGAGACAGACAAGCGUGGAGAGCUGCAGCUCACCUGGCAGGGUCUGCACUCCACAGGGAGGGAGAUGCUGGCGGAAGGCUGUCACUGAGGAGCUCCAAGGUGUUGUGCAACCUCUCCUAUUCCAGGACAGGGGCAUUUUUCCUCCCUGGAAGAGCACAUCCAUCACCAAUAGUAAUUUUGACAGGAGACCUGCUCUCCAUCCAUGCACUGCAACUUUGGGAGUGGGGAAAGGUUGCAAAGACAUUUGCAAACUGUUUCCUUUCUCAGAGCAGUUGGUUUUCAACCAGGUGAAUCCAAAAGGGUGGGUCUCAGGGGAUGGGAGGAUCUUUCUGGACCCCCUUCCCUUGUUUCUGACCCCCCAGCCUGACACUGGUGCAUGACUUGCUGACUGAUGAAAAGUUGAAGUUUGCCCCUAGAAUAUUUUAAUGAGAACAAUUUUGUGUUGUCAUCAGCAUCGGCAGCAAGACAAAACAGAGCUCACAUUUUCCAGCUCACGGGGACACCCGCCUGGCUCACCCAGAAUGAAUUACAGACAAAUUGUGGUUACAGCAUCCUCCUUUCCCUUCAUCCUUGUGCUGCUGAGCCCUUCUCCCUCUGGUGGCAACGGGAAGGUCUGAGGAUGGUUGUGGCACCAUCCACAAACUGCAGGAACACACGUUCCUGUGACAGCACCGUGUCACCUCCCAGCAGCAGAGCCCCUCCUGCCCUUUGGAGCAGUGCUCCUGUCCUGGGGGCUGCGAUGCUCUCCCCAAACUCCACAUUCCAUAUGGAAGAAGCAUCUCCUCCCUGCAGCAGAUAUUUUGCUGGCUGCUGCUUCUUUCCAACCCCACAGGGAAGCACCCUAAGGCAGCAGAUAAGCUGGAGGGUAGCUGUGCACAGGGGUGUAAUGCUUUAUAAUUAGAAGGGAGAAGCAAAGGUUCCUUUGGUAGCUGGUGUCACAAAGCCCAGGAAAAGUUACCAUGCUAAGGAAGAACUAUUGCAUGGAGAUGCACAGCGUUGCAUCCAUACACCACAAUUUCAGGAGCAGAGAAAGUUUGCAAGGAUAUUCACAAACUGCUUCCUCCCUCAAACCACUCUGUUUUCAACCAGGUGACUCCCAAAGAGCAAGUGUGCG